UACCGAAGGAUCAUACAAAUGUAUCUGUCAGACAGGUUAUACGUUGCAAGAUGACAUGAAAACUUGCAAAGCCGAUGGUGAUGAGGCCGUAAUGAUAUUCAGUGAAGGACAAAAAAUUCGUGGUAUAUAUCUCGAUUCGCAAACGAACUUUAUCGUAGCGGAAGAUUUAAAUCAGAUCAAUCAGGUUGCUAUGGACAACGAAUAUAUAUACUGGUCAACCAAGGAUAAAAAAAUAAUGAAAGCUACCAAAAACGGAAAAAGAGAAUAUAUCCUUAUAACAGGUUUGGACGAAGUGUCGGACAUAGCCGUGGAUUGGAUCACAGGCAAUAUAUAUUUCACGGAUAAGGGUAAUAUGAAUAUUGGAGUAUGUGACAACAAUGGGACGUAUUGCACUAUAUUAAUCAAUGGAAAAACUAAAAAACCUACCGCGAUUGCCUUAUUACCGACCAAUGGAAUAAUGUAUUGGUGCGAUUCGAGCCAUAAGCAGUACAUAGCAAUGGCAGGAAUGGAUGGCAACGAUAUUACUUUAUUAAUCACUAAAAAGUUAAAAUAUCCAAAGAGUUUAACCAUCGACUAUCCAAACAAUCGAUUGUAUUGGAUGGAUAUUGGUUUAAUGACAAUUGAAUCUAUACGAUUAGACGGCACCGAUCGAAAGAUUAUAUCGCGCGAAAUAAACUCUCAAGCAAUGUCCCUGGCAAUUUUCGAAAACAAGAUAUACUGGAAUGUAAAAAUUAAUUAUCAUUCGUAUUCCGAUUUUGAUAAAACCCAGAAAAUACAAUACUGCAAUGCAUUUUCCAGAUGUAAUCAGGAAAUUUUAGAUACGAAUCGUGAUUACGAUGCAAGCAACGACAUACAAAUCUACCAUCCCACAAUGAAAUCUAAAGUUCAAAACAAUUGUUUUUUGAAUCCAUGCUCGCAACUCUGUUUGUUAAAUAAAAAUAAAAACUAUACAUGUGCAUGUACUCUGGACAAAAAAUUGAACUCCGAUGGACAUACUUGUCAAGACACAGAAGACAGCCAACAUAUUAUCAUAGUUGCGGAUGGUACAAUCGUAAAUUAUUACCAUAAUUUGUUAGGCAAGCCAAAAAUAACAAGCAGCGUUAUCUUUAGAAACAUUACCGCGAUUACUUAUGAUUCGCUGUCCGGUACUAUACUCGCAAGCAAUGCCUUUACGGAUGAUAUUUUUCGCUACGACCCGAUUAGCGGCGAAAUUGAGAACCUCAUAGCCAUGAAUAUUAAAUCAUUAGGAGGAAUGGCAUUUGAUUAUAUUGGUAAUAAUUUGUAUUUGACAAAUAUAGAAGAAAAAACUGUUGAGGUACAUAGCUUAACGACAAAGACGAAGAAGAUCUUUUAUUUCGAGGAACAAUCGAAAACACCUUAUAACAUCGCUUUGGCUCCUGAAGAAGGCAUAAUGUUCGUAGUGUUCAAAGUAAAGGAUAAAUAUCGUAUAGAUAAAAUGCAAAUGGAUGGAACGGGUACGAAAUCGCUGUUUGUAGAGAGCAAGUUGCUAAAAGAUUCAAGGAUAUCAUUGUACUAUCAUACGGACGAAAAAAAAAUUUAUUGGGCUGAUCAGGGCUCUAAUAGUAUCCAAAGCGCCUUGUUGACAGGUUUCGACUAUCAGAUCCGCACCAACUUAUACAAUCCCAUAAGCCUUACCAUUGCAGGAGAAUAUAUUUUCUGGACACAACGCCAUUCGACUAACCUAUUUUGGGGGAACAAAAACGAUAUUCAUAAAAAAAAUUGGGAGAUAAACUUCGUAGAUUACAUAAACAAAGAAACAGGAAUUUCUCAUUUAAUAAUGCCAUACAUAAUUAAGGACGGCUAUCGUAAAAACUGUGGAAACUGUUCGCACGUGUGCUUACCUUCGUCUGCAAAUUCAUACCUCUGCGCUUGCCCAGGCGACAUGACGCUAAGCGAGGACAACCACACGUGCAUUUAACAGUACACAUGUUUUCUCGACAAAAUUAAAUGCAGCGAACAUGGCAUCUGCAUAAAGCGGGACCAUUGGUGCAAUGGCAUUCAUGGUUGUCCGAAUGGCGAAGACGAAUUAAAUUGUCGGGAGGAAAACUAACUAUAAGUGAAAAUCAUUAUAAAUAAUGAAAAAGAAUCAAACGAAGUUACAUUUGUCAAAUUAUAUCAUGGAAUUAACCAUAAGCUAUUUGUGACAAAAUUAUUUACAAUAUAGAAUUAAAUUUUUGUAGACUAGCAUUGAUGAAAAGAUGAGCAUAUUGAAUAUAUUAUCAGAUGGAUUGGAUAAAAGAACGCUUUGAAUUAGCUUUCUGUACUCAUUAUAUAAUUUACACAAAAUAUUUAAUAUUAUCAAUCGUGUAUUGUUUAAAUAAUAUUAAAGUAUAUACAAUAUUACUGA